AUGGUCGUGAUUGCGCCGCGGCAGGCGCCUGGUCAGCCUGCCAACCAGCAGCAACAGGGAGGCAAUCAGACGCAGCAGCAAGGCAACCAGCAGCAGCAGCCAAACAACAACCAGCCGGGCAACGACAACAAACAGGGCAACAACAACAAGCAGGGCAACAACACCCCGACGCCCAUCAACCAGGGCAACACUCCCGGCAAGCCCAACCCCACGCUCAACGAUAACAAGGACAAGGAAGGGAAUAAAGACCCAAAGACAGUGACCAAGGAUGACAAGCCGACGCCGACUGCCGCGAUCUCUGGCCUGCCGGGCACGCCUGUUUUCCUCACCACAUUCGACCCAAACUUUCCCACCGGCGUCUCCCACCGGCCGCUCAACGGCGGCGGCCGCGGCUACGUCGUGAUCAAAGAUCACCGCCUAGCCGACAACAUGGCGCUCUUCGCCAUCUGCCUCGCGGCCUUCUUCGCCUUCUUCUUUGCCUUUUUGAAAAUCAACGCGUGGUCGGAACGUCGCGCCGAGAAAACAGCAGUCGACAACAUGAUCAACGACGAGACGCGCUGGGCCGAGAAGGUCGCGGACGAACCUCUCCCCCAACCCCUCUAUCCACACCAGCACCAGCGCCUGUACCCGCCGUCUUCCCCGAACCCGACAUAUGCGACCCCCUCGCCAGCGAGUUCGCGAUACGUCGCCGUCCCGGCCGACUCGCCGCCUGUUGGAGUGGGAGGAUUCCGGCCACCCCGUCAUCCUGUGCCGCCCUCCCGCCCCCGCCAUAGUCCGUAG